AUGAGCGCGGCCGAGCGCGGCCCCGGCGCCCCCGCGGCUCCCGGGGGUCCCGACCCCGGCGGGGGCCGCAAAGCUCGGGGGCGGCCCCGGCUCACCGAGACCGACCGGGCCCGGCGGCGCCUCGAGUCGCGCAAGAAGUACGACGUGAGGCGGGUGUACCUGGGCGAGGCGCACGGGCCCUGGGUGGAGCUGCGGCGCCGCAGCGGAUGGAGCGACGCCAAGCUGGCGGCCUACCUGCUGGGGCUGGAGCGGGGCCAGCGAGCGGGGCGGCGCGGCAAACCCUGGGAGCAGCUCCCGAAAAAACCCAAACGCAAGAAAAGACGCCGGCGGAACGUGAACUGCCUGCGGCACGCGGUGAUCUGGUACGAGGAUCACCGGCAGCGCUGCCCGUACGAGCCGCGCCUGGCCGAGCUGGACCCCUCGGUGGGGCUCUACACCACGGCCGUGUGGCAGUGCGAGCGCGGCCACCGCUACUUCCAGGACCUGCACUCGCCCCUGCGGCCCCUCAGCGACUCCGAGGGCGACGACGCUCCUGGCUCUUCCUCCUCCUCCUCCUCCUCCUCCUCCUGCAGCUCUGAGGCAGCUCCAGGGGGGGCUCCUGCCCUCCCAGCCCCCCCUCCCGGGGGUCCCACCCCCAAUUCCGGGGGUCCCGGGGGUCCAGCCCCCCCUGAAGCUUUGGAGGCCGUGGUUUGUGUCCCCCUGCCCCUCCCCCUCCCCACUCGGGGGGGGUUGGAUGGGGGAGCCCCCCCCACCCUCCUGCAGGGUCCCCCCCUCCUCAUUUUGGGUUAUGAGGCUCUGGGGGGGCUCCAGCUCGGGGUGGGGGGGCCCGAGGUGCUGCUGGAAGGGGGGGGGUCCUUCCCUGCCCCCCCUGGGGAGCCCCAGCUGCCCAAGACAGAGGAGGACGAGGAGCUCCCGGGGCUGAGGCUGAAGCAGGAGGAGCCGCCCCUCCCCCACCCCCCCAGCGAGCCCCUCCCCCCAGAGCCCCCCCGGGAGCCCCCCCGGGACCCCUCCCCCCCCGAGGAGCCCGAGGGGUCGGCGAUCAUCUACGAGAUCCCCCGGGAGACCCCCAGGCGCCGCCGGAGCCGCCGGGGCCGGGACCCCUCCCCAGAGCCCCCCGAGCCCCCCCAGCCCCUGAGCUGCCCCUGUGGGGAGGAGUUCGGUGCCCUCAGUGCCCUCCAGACCCACCUGAGCCUGCAGCACCGCAGGGGCCGGGCCCAGCUGUGCCCCCAGCCCGGCUGUGGGAAGAGAUUUCACCUGGCCAAGCACCUGCAGAGGCACCUGGGCGUGCACUCAGGUGCCCGGGGCUUCACCUGUGACACCUGUGGCAAAUCCUUCAAGCGCAAGAAUCACCUGGAAGUUCACAGGAGGACGCACACGGGGGAGACCCCCCUGCAGUGCGAGCUGUGCGGGUUCCGCUGCCGCCAGCGCGCCUCCCUCACCUGGCACAUGAGGAGACACGGGGGGCUCAAGGGGCACCCCGAGCCCCGGGGCACCUAGGGGACCCCUCCUCCAUUUACCUGGGCUCACCUGGGCUCACCUGAGAUCACCUGGGUUCAC